AAGCUUUUAUGUGUUCUCAUGGAAAUAGAGCCUCAUCUAGUGGACACAAAGAGGCAGCAAAGCUACAAAUGUCACACAACAGCAAGAUAUUGCCAGGCAGUGGUGUUCUAUUUGUUUCCAUGUGUUGGCCAUUGGCAGUUUGCCGCAAAUUAUAUUCUGUGAUUACGUUUUGGGGAACAGCGAGAGAAAAAUCUCCGGAUUUCUUGUGUCAGUUGCUCUUUGGAAUUGCAGAUUUUGAAUUAAUAUGGAAAACUGUGCAGCAUUACAAGGAUCGCAUAAUUACGAGAUAAGAUCCUCCCAUUUCUUAUUUGGUAAGGGCAAUGCGCUUCCGUACGCUGGUGUUUAUCACGUAAGAGUUUCUUAAUCGUUUACAUCCUGCACACACACAAUGCCUGGUUUGUUUUUAUUCAGGUUUUCUUGUCGAGAAAUGUUGUCCUAACAUCAGCACCGUAGAUCUUCUGUCACGUGACUAUGACAGUUUCCUGUUACUCUUCCACUUCUAUGUUUUUACCCUCAGCUGCUAUAAUGUAAAAAGCAACGACAGAACUGUUAUUACCGUGUGUUUUGCCCUCACAUACAAAGUUAUCUAAACGUUUGCCACGUCGUUGCAGUCAGAGGUACCGAACCUGGGCAACAUGGCCAACUGUGUGGCUUUCCAGAGGAAAUUAACCUCGAUCAUGGAGAUGCUAGCUAAAACUGCCGUGUUAGAAAUCAGUAAACUGUGGGAGGACGGCUUUGCUCUUAUCCAGAUCGAGCUUCGCCGGAGAGAGAGUGAAGUUGAAGUGUUGAAAAGAAAGUUGAUGUUGAUGGAAAACGAGCGGCUAACAGUCCUGGCUCAUGCUCAGACUACAAAUCUGUCCUCAGUAUCUUCUUCCAAGAGAGAGCAGCAGAACAGGCUGCUGCCGCCUACUGGUAUUGGACCUAUUAUAGAUUCAGUCCAGACACUGUGUUCUGAUCUGAGUGCCAGGGAGGUGGUGGACACCUCAGCGAAUCACAUACCCCCACUACCACCACCACCACCUGUUCAAACAGAGGAGAAACAGUGUGAGCAGCUCAAGUCUAACCUCUGUGAAAGUGACAGAGAUGAUGAAGACUUAAUAGUCAAGCUAGAAGACGAGGACGACGUCCAGAUUGUGGAACAGAUGGUGGACUCUGAUCACAGUGUUGAUGGAGCAGGUCAGGAGGAGAUGGAGCUGAACCACCAGCCGGCUGAGGUUGUGGAAGAACAAGAGAGCCAGCAGUGGACGCCUGUUUUAAUCGGAGAUCGCGACACUGCUGAUGACUCAGACUGCUGUUUAGAACCAAAGCAGCUGUCACAAAAUCUGGACUCAGAAAUCCUGCUCAUUCAAAAUGCUUUGGAUAUUUUUGAUAAUUCAGCAGAGUCAGCUUACUCUGACAGGUUUAUGAGGGAUAUUGGACAAGGUGCAUCAAGUAAGUCAAGGGCUCCUGUGACUUUUAGCCAAGUUCAACCAAGUCAACCUACAGAAGCAAUAAAUCACCCAGAGAGAGGAGUGUCUGUCAGAUUCCUCUCAGAGACACAACAAACUAAAAACAUGUCAGCUUUCAACCCAGACAGCAGAUUCCUUCUCCUGAACGACCCAGAGUUGCAUAAAACGAUCGAGAGUCGCCGUAUCAGGGAGAAAUGGUUCAUCUGCCCCUUCUGUGGGAAAAGCUUUGAUCGUGUCAGCCAUCUGGAAAUUCACCAGCGAAUUCACACAGGAGAGAAACCGUACACAUGCGAGACAUGUGGCAAGUGUUUCUCUCAGAGGAGUAACCUUCGCACUCACCAGCGGACUCACAAAGAGGCUCUAUCCCAGAAUCCAGUUUGACUCAAUUGAUUUUGAAGACUGAGAAAGGCUGGAAACACCUCUGUUGCGUUUAUGUCCCAGCCUUUCCCACACAGUGAUUAGACCCACCAGUAUGAUUAGCAGUCCAUUUAAUUUCUUACAAAUAUUUCCAGACUUCAGCCAGUGUUGCUGAAGCAGCAAGAGAGGGUCAGGAAGAGAAGGAUGUAGGAGAGGAGGAGGAGGAUGGCAGUCAAGUGCAGUACAGAAACAAGUGGUCAGUUGGACAGCAAAACACAAAGAUGUAGCAGCAAAGUGGCCUCAUUUCUAUUCUUCCAUGCAGUGAUAAAAGUUUUACCGUAUUUAAGUAAAUAACAUGGAAGCAUGUGCACUCCAACCCCAUCCCACCCUCUCAUCAGCUACCUCCACAAGUAGAAUCUAUAGUGGAUUAAAGGUGAUUA